CCAGUCCGAGAACGCGACCCUAACACUAACAUCCGGUGUAUUCCGAGAGAAAGGGAGAGAGAGAGAGAGAGAGAGAGAGAGAGAGAGGGUCGGAAACGGAAACGACUGACUGCUUGAUCGCCGCACUGCCAAUACAGUAAUCGGCACGCUAACAUGAAGAUCGUCCUGUUGCUCUUCGUCGUCGCGGCCUUCGCCUCAGCUCAGAGGAUCACGACGAUCCAGCUGGACGGUAUACAAUACUUUGUAUCGCGAAUGAAUCCCUACAGUCCGGAACUGAAUUACUUCCUGGCGUAUCAAUAUUGCCGUUCGCUGGGCCUCCAGUUGGCAUCUUUCGAGACGAAAGAGAAGGCCGACACGAUGACGCAAUACCUGAAGAACGCCGGUUACACGAAAUACGACUUUUGGACCUCCGGCAACAAGCUCGGCACCGACAUGUUUUUGUGGAUGAGCACGGGACUGCCGUUUAACGUCACCUUCGACUACAUGCUGAAGCGACCUGGCAACAGACCUGCCGACGUACCACCCGGCACCGAACCCCAAAGGGUGGCGCGUGAAAGCGGCGACAGCGGCAGCGCGGACGGAUGCGUCGCAAUGGUAGCACCUACGUUAGCCUGGGAGGCGCAGGAUUGCACUCUCGUGAAGGACUUUAUCUGCGAGCAAACAAGAUGCUAUUACUACAACUACGGCAGCAUUCCAGUCUCCGCGACUCAGGGAAAUCACAGGCCCUACAUCACGACCACCUCGGCGCCAGCCAGCGACGACCAAGCAAGUGAUCACGUAACCGACAGCACUAAUAUCUACGAUCACCAUCCGAGUACCGAUGUCCAGGACGAACAGGAGGCAACACCACUGGAAGCGGACGCGUCCGCGAGCGAGAAAUUAUCAGAGGAUCCGGUCGUCAGCAGGCUAAUCACCACCGCCGCUCCCGCAUCUGGCAAUCAGCAGCAGCAGCAGCAGUCCCGUCAGCACACGGGAACGACGGCGACGUCGCUGUUCGACGACGGUAACGAGCGCGAGCGCACGGCCGUCGGCGACCUGGACGAUAUCAGACCGGAGCACAUCCCGGACAUCGCGAGCCUGUUCACCGUGGCGUCACAAGCGCGCAAGGACAACGUCUUCGACGGCCUCGAGACCCGCGAGGUUCUGCGGCCGUCGGCCUCCCGUCCCGUCGUCUCCGCCGUCUCCUCCUCCUUCUCGUCGGAGAUGAAGAUGGAGCAUCGCGAGUCCCCCGACUACGGCGACCUGGCCGCGGAGACGGAAUUGCCGAACAACGGUCUCGAGGACGCCCACACGAUUGGGCCGUACGACAGCGUGCAAGAUUACGUCAACGAUCAGCCGGCGGACACGGCGGCGUCGUCGUCGUCGUCGUCGUCGUCGGCGGCGGCGGCGGACGCGACGAUGAUGAAGGAUCAGGAUGACGACAGUAGCACGAUCUUGCCAGAGGCGGAACCGGCCUACAGGUACAACAUCAAAGUGCGCACCAACGGCAAAGUAUUAGACCCUCCGUCCAAGUAACGCUUUACUUCCUCCUAGAUAACGUCGCGUUAUUUCGUUUUUAUAAGUGACAGAAACACAGAUCGACAUUCUUGAGGAAUUAGGUAUAUAUAUAGGUAUAUAUAUAUAUUUGUAUAUGUAUAUCAGAGUGCGUUUUGCACGUGUGACACGAGCGAGCUGUCGCCGUUCAGACCAAUGGCUACCAUUGUCACCGCUCGCCGUUUAGCUCUAACUUAAGGCGUACCCGAUAUAAUGCUCGAUAGUUUUGGACCAGACAGGCACUAUUAUCAGCUUCCUCGGUCGGCGGCAGGCAGAGACGAUUAUCUCGAACCGUCCGUUAGUAUUACUCGGUGCUUGAGGCGAACACGAAUGAGUAAUGCCGCGGCUCGGAAAACGAUACUGUCAAAGAUGUCAAAAAGGAAAGCCGUGGUGUCAAUCGCAGAGGAAUCGUUCUCCUGCCGACGUUACUCGACAAGCUGUACAUUUUCGCAAGGGCAUUUACACAAUUACUCAGCUCUCAUUUUCCAUCACCGCUGACGCCGGCAGAUUAUCAUUUUCAUCGUCAUUCAUGCGUCUUUACUAUUCCCCGUUUAUUCCCACGAAAUUCCCACGUUCAACAUUCCCUGGCAAUAGAAUUUCAAGCAAUGGAAAAAAAAUCAAGUUACUAGAUUCGAUAGUUCAUUACGGAAUUAAAUCGCCAGCUUCCGCCAGCGUCUUAUAUCUUUAUAAGGUGGUAAUCAUCGUCAUCAUAGCUAACAAUAUAUAUAUACGUCUGCAAGACGAAACAUUCGACAACCAGACGAUUCCCAAAAUACUUUUGGACACGCGACGUUAAAGAGACCGUCGAGAAUCAGUCGUAAAUGUUUCCGUCAUCCAGACGUAUGACAAUCGGCGUACGUAGCUUCAUCAGCUCCCUAGCUGCUAUGGUAAGUCCAUAUUAAUUCUGUGUACAACGGCGCGAAUGUGCGACUUGUGUAACUUUAAUAAAGAUACGACUACAGUCUUAUGGUA